CGACGCGCCGUCGAAAAAGACGAGGUCCUAGCAAGAAAAAGUCAGCGGCUAGAAUUCCAGGCGUGCGGACUGUCAUGGUUUCCUGAGGACGCCUACAAACAUCUCCAUGGCAACUAACGUUUCGAAGAACACCACACGGAAGAAACAACCGCUAUUCGUUUCUGGUUCCUGACUAUGGAGAGAAUAUGUCUCGAUAAAUCAGCUCUACGAGCAGUCGAUGAUUAUUGCGAGUACAAAAGGAUCGUGGGUGAUGAUGAUGGAGGACAGCUGUUCACUCCGGAGGAAUACGAGGAGUACAAAAAGAGGAUGCUCCCUCAACGAGCGAAGAACAGGCUGUAUGUCAGCGUUGGGGUUCCUGGAGGUAUCGACUGCAAACUUGUUGGCCCCGAGACACCGUGCUUCUGUUCACACAGGUACAAGCAACACAGGACCGACUUUGAGGUGGUUCCCUGUGAGCGGCCCCUGUCCCUACCGUGUCAGGUCAGCGGGUGUCACUGCUCAGCCUACCAGUAUGUUCCCAGGAUUGGGACUAAUCCCGUCCGCUGCAGGUGUAAACACUUUCCUCAGGAUCACAGCGAAGCCGCUGGCCGCUUGUGCAAAAAAUGCAGUUCCUGUACUGGAUUCGAGAGCCCCUCCACCUGCGGGUGUGGUCAGCCCGGCUUUGCCCAUCAGACACUGGUUGAGACAAAACUAGAGAGGGAGUCACGUGGUCGGCCUACAGGCCGCGAUGUCCCUUAUGCUGCCAUGGGGGGGCUGACGGGGUUCAGCUCCUUAUUGGAUGGUUAUCUCUCUUUGGAAGCAGGCGGCUCAGAUCAAGACAGAGAAAAUGUCUGCCAGCCGAGAUGCCCUCCAUCAACGUCUACCAACGCGUCAAUCUCGGUCCACCACAAGAGAGAGACCAAAAAACAGUGAACAGCAUUGGGCUCAGAGGGAAUCCGUCAAACCGUCUAUUUUACUCUGGGGCAAGAUUUACAAGGCAAAUACACAUAUACAGUACCUUUUCUGAUCUGCAACAUUUAAUUCUAACUUGGAAACGUUUCCAUUGUUUCAUAGUUUUCUUUUUUCAAGUGUCUGUCUUUGUUAGUGUCGUGACUAAAGGGUACAAGCAACUGUCAGCAACAGUAGUUAUUAAAUCCCACUGAAAAUGUAUUGAUCCAAUCAGAGCACGGGAGCGUCACAAUGGUGAUCCUGUCAAAUGUAGAAAUCUGCCUGAAUACAUUUUGAAGAUGAAAUGAUUGUGAAUUUAUCACAUUUGGAGAUUAAACAUGUUUAAGGGAAUGUCAGUACGUAGGCUAGAGUGUGAGCUCAUACAUAUAUUUGUAUGAUGUAAGAACAAUAAAAUGUGAGAUUGAGAAUAUGAAAUCCUA